AUGGCCCAUCGCGUCUAUUUGAUCACAAAGUGCGACCCGUAUAGACACCUCCUCUCUAAGCCAAUCAUCUCAGGAAAAGUGUCGCGAUGGCCUUUAGCUCUCUUAGAGUUCGAUAUUACAUGUUUUCCACCACAGGGUAUUAAGAGCCAAGCUUUAGCAGAUUUGCUCGCACAGUUCCCCGAGCAGAGGCAUGAGCCCCUUGACGACGCAUUGCCCCUUGAUGAGCUCCAGGUUUCCGCCAUUAAAGAUAGUCGCAGUGAGUGGCAACUCACUUUUGAUGGGUCUUCUACUAGCAAGGGAGGAUGGGCAGGUAUCGUCCUCACCUCGCCAACUCAGCAUGUCAUUGCGGCCUUCAAACUGGCUUUUCGCUAUUCUAACAACGAAGCCGAGUAUGAAGCACUCAUUCUUGGCCUUCUCGUAGCCCUUGACAAAGGCAUCUCAAGAUUAUGCGUAUGCGGGGACUCCAAGUUAGUUGUUAAGCAGGUAACAGGUGAGUAUACCAUACGCAAACCUUCGCUCGCAUCUUAUCGUACCAAUAUUCAAAGGCUCCUCGCUAGAUUCUCCUCCAUUCGGUUCUUGUAUGUACCUCGUUCCAAUAAUAGGUACCCAGAUGCACUUGCAACGUUAGCCUCUAAACUAACAAUUGUAGAUGAUAUGACUCAGAUCCGCAUCACCAAGCGCAUUGGUCCGACUACCAUCACUGAGCUUUUCCCGGCCCAAACUGUUCCCGACAAUGACUGGCGAGCCCCAAUCAUUAGUCAGCUCAAGCAGUGGACAUGA